CGUUUUUCAGAACUCGCAGCGGCUCUCUUCUUGUCGCCCAUCCGCCGCCCGCCCUCCGUCUACCACCACGAGGUCCUGUCGAAACGCCGCGAUCUCGAAGCAGCGAUCAUGGCGGCGGAGGCCGGAGGCAUCGCUCUUCUCUCCAUGUACAACGAUGAGGAGGAGGACGACGACAAACAGGAGCCCGAGGCCCACGCUGGAGCCGGGGGCCGUGCCGACGCCGACGGCGGAUCGAAGAACAACGGUAUCUCCCCGCCCUCGUAUCCUGCCAUUGAGAGCUGUUCUCCCUCCCUAGGUGCUCGAUCUCCUCUCUUUCCCGACGAAGGCGCAGAUUACAAAACCCUAAAGAGCCCUGUCGCCCGGAGCCCUACGCCGCCGCCGUUCCGUCUGUUUCAGCAGUCUUCGCCCUUUCCCUUGACUUCUCCUUCUCCACCUCCGCCGGUGGCGCCACCGACUUCUUUUUCCGAUCCUGUGGAUGUGCAGAGGAUGAGGAGAGGGUCGCUGGUCAUAGUGGAUUACGCCCACGAUGAGAACGCCUUGUCUCCCGAACCUGAGGAGGGAGAGAUACUGAGCAGUGGCCGUGUUGUGAUGGGUGCAGAGCUUCAGGUUUCCAAUGGUUUACCCUGAAGGGACUCAUUUAAUUACCCCUUGGUUUGAGAGACCUAUCAUAUAUGAUGUUCGUGGCCGUCCGCAUCUUGUGGAAAGCACUUCUGGUGGUCGUGAUCUGCAAAUGUCAAAGAUAUCGAGCUUGCGAGAAGAAUCUUCCCAAUCUGGUGUGCAAUUAACAUUAGAGGAGAUGUCUAAGCAGGCACUUGGAAAAAGGAAGAGAUACAUUCUUGGAUUUGGGGUUGGGUCGAAGCCCUCUUCAUCUUCUUCCACACCUAGUCGUGUGUCACAAGACCAUGUUGGGGAGUUGCAGAAACUUAAAGCUGAGAUGGAAGAGAUGAAGAUGGAGCGUGAGGAGCUGCGGAGGCAAUUGGAGUAGGAGAGGAAAGAGCGUAAGGAGGAAAGGAAAGAGCGAGAGGAAGAACAUAAGCAAAUUGCACAUCUUACAAGUUUGGUGACAGAGAUCUUAAAGGAAAAGACUCAAACACACAAGUCAUCUAUCCAUCAUGAUGGGGUCAUGUAUUCAACUGGUGGUACAAAUACUCGUUGAUACAUGGUGGAGUUUUGAGCAUGUGAAAUCUAGUUUUUGGUACAUGGAUAGCUUUUGUUCAGAUGAUCAUGGUGGAGUUGUCUACAAGCAGAAUCCAGUUUUUGGUAUAAGAAUAUUUUUGUCUACAUGAUGGUUGUUUGGAUGAAUAGCAAGAUCAGAUAUUUUGGAAUUUUUAAUUUACAUUUUGAUGUGUUUGGUGAUGAUUAUCACCUUAACAUAUGGUAUGGAUGAAACAUUGUGAUGUAUGGUUAAUAGGUAUGCUUGACUUUAGACUUAUAGAUGAUGAUAUUUAUAAUGAAUGAUUAUGGAUUCUCGAACAUUGUAUAUA